AUGAAUAUUGAUAAAGCAUUAUUCUUGAUUUGCAAUCACGGUGUUUGAGCUGUUUGUUGCUGUGUUGAGCUGUUUUACGGCUAAUGAGCUUCCUCUGUAUGUUUGGAAAUAAAAUAUGAUUUCGUGACAGUGGCAUGUUCUCUUUUUCUUUUUAUCUUCAACGAGAUUCGCAAGUAAAAAUAUUUAUUUUUAUGCUUUUUAGUAUUACGUAAAUACGAGCUUUAACGCAAUAAUUGACUGAUAAAAUACUUAUUGAAUGAAAACAGCAGCAAACUAAACUAAUUGGUAAAAGAUACGACAAAAAAAAAUAAAUAAAAUUAACUUUUUUAUUGUCUAUCUUUAUCACGUUCAAACGUGCCUCUGUCAAGGGAUUGGAGAUACGGUACGUACACGUAUGUACGUACAUAGUUGAACGUAAUUCGUCGUAGCGAUGUGCUUUAAAGUAUACACCAGUAUGAAAUUUAGACGAUCGUAAGGUAAUCUUUAACAAGGGUUCUUUAUAACGAAAGAAAACGAGCAUUUGUCAUUUAAUUCUUGUUUUCGAUUGUUGUUUAGUUCGUACGUCAAUUCAUUCUUCCGAGAAGUUAGCAAAAUUAAUGGGGAAUGAAAAAAGUGCCCUCAGCGGGCUGAAAAUUGAUGACAAACCUGUGGAAAUAACAGAUUUUUGGUCACAUUAUAUGGCCUGUGUAAGUGGUUACAAUACACAAAGGAUAUCGGUGUUUGUGAGUGAGCCAUCCCUACAUUACAAUGCAAAUUUUGGAAAUCCAUCACCGUUGGAGAAAUGUACAAAGAACCUCAUGCUAUACAGACAUCCUUGUAUACUGAAGUACAUUUCAUCAUGGUCAAAAGGUAGUAAAUUUUUUCUAGCUACCGAACAAGUAAAACCUUUAAUUCAAUCGAUAGAAACCCAAAAUACAUUGCAAAUAUGCAUGGGAUUGUACAAUAUUCUACGUGCAUUAGUUUUUCUUCAUGAGAAAGCAUCUGUAUCUCACAACAAUCUGUGUGAAAGUUCUAUUUAUGUCACGCCAGAGGGAUGUUGGAAGCUCGGAGGACUGGAAUGUUUGUGUAAAUUUAAAGACUUAACUACUUCUUAUUUACAAAAAAUUAGAACUUACAGAUACGAGAAAGCGAUAUCUUUUAACGAAGAUACCACAGUACCAACAAGUUUUACAACAAUCGAUGUAUAUGCAUUUGGAAUUUUAGCUGAAAAUAUAUUGAGAUCAAAGGAUCCAGAAGAUGUUCCUAGUCUUUUAGAAUUUAAACAAUUCUGCAAAGAGAAUCUGCAAAAUUCAGAUCCUUCUCUGAGAUGUGAACUAUCCCAAAUACUUCAACAUCCAUUCUUCACCCAUGACUUUAUGAGGAUAUAUGCAUUUUUAGAUGAAUUACCAUUAAAAAAUAGUAAAGAAAAAGAAAUAUUUUUUGGAACUUUGAUAACACAGUUGAGAAUCUUUCCUGAAAAUAUCGUUGCCGAAAAAUUAGGUCGUUUAUUGCUUUCGAGAAUAGUUUUACUAGAUACAACUGCACAAGAACAGCUUUUACCGUUUAUUUUAAAACCAAAGGAUGGAAAUACAGACAAUACAGACAAUAACUUGUUCUCGAUUUCUACGUUUAAAGUUUAUUUGGUACCGAAAUUGUUGCAGAUGUUCUGCAUAAGAGACAUGUCAAUACGCUUGGUACUUUUAUCAUAUUUCAAUUCAUUUGUUCAUACGUUCCAAGUGGACGAGUUGAAAUCCCAAGUACUUCCCGAAUUACUCGUUGGAAUCAAAGACACAAACGAUUAUCUUGUGUCUGCAACACUACGAGCAUUAGCCGACAUAGUUCCAAUCUUGGGUGCUGCGACAGUGAUCGGCGGUAAUAGAGGAAAGUUAUUUACAGACGGACGACCAAACAAACUGAAAGACAUCAACAACACUAGCAACAGCAUAAAUGUCGUUCAGUUCCCGGUUCCCAUGAGUACUAUUCAAAAAGUAAUUGAUUUACCAGAAAGACCAUCUCCUGACGGAGGUGAAGAUAAGAAAGAGAUUGCUUCUUCGAUCAUCGACGAAGAAUACACAUGGUCUGAUUGGGAUAUACAAGAGACCGGGGACACGCAUGUCCGAAUUUCCUCACAGCCAUCCGACCCAGUGUCUCAAUCUCAGUCCCAUUCCAAUGAUAUUUCGACUUCGGAUUCAACAUCAAGGAUUGCUACAGACGCGCAGUUAAACAUAGAUAAAAACAAAACGAGCAAAUUAAACUCAGAAACAAAGAAGUCAGUUGCCAUUUUAUCUGAUAUUUCAGAGCUUGAUAUUAAAAAUUCUAAACUGAUUGAUGCUUGUAAAGAAGAAUAUGAUUAUUUCACAGACAUGGAGCCUGUGAUAAAGAAGACACAGAUUUUGCAUGUACAGCAGCCGCAAAUGUUAACGAAAAGUGUGUUUGAGAUAAAAGCGCUAAACGGAUUGGAAACGUCUGAAGAAAAUAAUGGCUGGGAAGAGGAUUUAAGUGAUUGGGGAACAGAAGAUGCUCAAGAAGUAAAAACUUAAAUAAAUAAAAAUGUUUUUUUUAUUAUAUUUUUUGUAUUUUUAAAAGAUAAAUUAG